AUGGAGGUAGAGCCCGAACCAUCGCCACGCUGGUCGCAUACGCCGCCUGCGAUGAAGGCGCCCUUCUCUGCGAGACUAAAAAGCGACAAUGUCCGUCCGCUGAAGAUCAAUUCUGAUCCGCGGAAGCUCGACCAAGUAUACGUUAGCUUCUUGGGACAAGAUGGAGACAAGUUACUCUCGGAUGAGACGAAAUGGCUUGCUGUCACCGCGAAAAGUUAUGACCACGGCCGCCGGAAACGAAUACUCGAACUACAGUGCUCGCUCGGGCUACUAAGCGUCAGUAACACGUCGUCACAGUUCUUUAAGAAUGAUCCACACGGCCUCGGCCGAAUACCAUAUUCAAAUCCGGCCACUGACGGGGUGGAAGUUCUCGCUGGCGGUGCCAGGAACUGGUUCGCACAUCACAAAAACAUUUCCAAGAUAGCCAUCCAAUACGGUUUCCACGAAGUAGUACGGUGGGUUCCUAGGCUGCCGGACAAUCUGGAGUCAUCUGGCUCAGACCUGGUGUAUUCACAAGCGCUACUGGCAGUGAUUGGGGCUCUAGCACUAGAGCAGGGCAGUGCGGUUGCCAAUCGAGCGGCAAAAGAGAGGAUAUUGAUUCCUAUGGGACUGAGAGUAAACAUGGAUAAGAAGGUGGACCAAAUACGAGAGACUUGA